GUCCGAAACCUAAAACAUGGCAGACGUGUUUUUUGCAGUGUACAGUGCAGGACUAUUUUAGUGCUCUUAAUAAGAGAAGGAAACGCAAAUGUUUUGUUUUUUUUUUCAUUUUCUUUUUCUAUUAUUGCAACAUUAGACCGCUUCUGAGGAUAUUAGUAUCUAAAUGCAUAAAGUGUAACAAGCUAAAAGUUUCUGCUUUAUCUUUUUUAGCCCUCGUUGUGUAAUGUCUUGCUUCCUAACAGCAGAGUUUGUGAGCCACUGAUGUGUCACUGCUUCAGCUGUUGCACUGACUUGAAUGUAAUGACAUCAUGGUGAAAGUAUUUUUUUUUUUUGGCCUAUCACUCGCAUAAACAGGGCGGAUGUUACGGAGGCUCUGGGCUGCACAUUUCUCUGCAGAGCUUCUCUUGAAGAAUGCUGCCUCAAUCGUUUGCUGGAAAUGUAGGAAGGUUUGUGCGCUCUGAUGCAGAGAAAGGGCUCGGACAGAGCUGAAAAAUACCCAUGGGUCAUAAUUUCUCAACUGUUCCCAUCAUGCUCCAGAUGUUUGUGAUGAUCUAUGUGCUGUCAGUUGUCGUCUCGCAGUCAACAAAUCCCCCAUCUAAGAGAGGUCGGAAUUUCACCAUCCACUCAUCCCAGCUGGUCUGCAGUCUGCCGGGCCCAGCGGGGCCUGCAGGGAACCCAGGAGCCCCUGGAUCACCCGGGGCCAUGGGCCCCAUGGCCCCCGGGGUGGACGGCCAAGAUGGGAAGGAUGGAGAGAAGGGAGCGAAGGGAGAUCAAGGUGAUCCAGGGAGACCUGGGAACCCAGGUAAACCGGGUAUGAAAGGUCGUGAGGGUGUUAUUGGCAAGGCCGGACCUCGUGGACUGAAAGGACAACGUGGAAAACCCGGAAUAUCUGGAACCCGGGCACAAAAAGGAGACGUGGGUGAAAUGGGCGAGGAAGGAGCUCCAGGUGGUUGUAACUGUGGCAAGCAAGCACGAUCAGCUUUCUCGGUGGCUGUGACAAAGAGCUAUCCUAAAGAGCGCACGCCCAUCCGCUUCACCCGGAUCCUGCUGAAUGAGGGGAAUCACUACAAUGCCUCCAGUGGGAAGUUUGUCUGUGCUAUCCCUGGAGUUUAUUACUUUACCUAUGACAUCACACUGGCCAACAAGCACCUCGCCAUUGGGUUAGUUCACAAUGGGCAGUACAAGAUCAAAACAUUUGAUGCAAACACUGGGAAUUAUGACGUGGCGUCUGGUUCUACUGUUCUCCACCUGAAGGAGUCAGACCAGGUCUGGCUGCAGAUCUUCUACUCGGAACAGAACGGACUCUUUUUUGACCCUUUUUGGACAGACAGCACCUUUACGGGCUUCCUAAUCUACCCUGACCAGGAAUUUCUCAAUGAAGCAGAUAGAAAAGCAAAUGCUCAGGAUGAAAAUGAAUGAACUGUAAUGAAGAUUUAUAAUAUAUAUCGAAUUGAACUUCACAAGUUUGGGCUUUGUGGAAUUUCAGUUGUUUAAGACAUCCGUCACCAGGAGGCGCACUAGGAAAGAAAGAAAAUCAACUGGAGGAAUCACCCAACAAAGCCUUAAUAAUGAACAAAAAACAUUUUACCUGCAAUAUUAUGCCCUAUUCGCAUAAAAUAUUUUAAAUGAUGUAGCCCAAAAUAACCUAAAUAAUUUAAUUCCGUUUCUUUUUUUAACUCCUUGAUAGGAGAUGGCACAGUGCCAUCUUCUUCUUUUUUUCCUUUAUUAAUCAUUAGAAAACACAAUUUGAAAUAAAAUCUAAAUUAUAUUGUAAGAUAAAUUAUUUUACAGUGUUUGUGUUUUUGAGUCAAAACAAUGGUAUACUGGUUAGCACUGUUCUGGAGUGUUUCUGUGUGGAAUUUUCCUCCUCUCUUCAUGUUCCUCCCACAGUCCAAAGACAUGCAAUUAGGUGCAUCAGGUUAAUUGGUGACUCUAAAUUGCCGGUAGAAUAUAAAUGUGAAUGGUUAUCUCUCUCUUUGUGUUGGCCCUGGCGACCUGUCCAGGGUGUACCCUGCCUGUCACCCUGUGGCACCUGUGAUAGGCUCUAGCCCACCUCUGCAACCCUGAAUUGGAUAAGUGGAGGAAAAUAGGUGGAACAGUUUUUCAGUAUUUGUGUAUGGUUCAUUAACAUGAGGUGUAUUUUUGUGUUCAAGUUCAUAAUUACUUUCAUGACACAUAGAAGUGUAUUCUAUAGACUAACAUCUUUUAAAUAAAACUAAUAAGCAUUUUAGAAAUCAAAUAACUAAUCUUAGAGUUUUAUUAAUUUAAUUAAAUGAAAUUUCUACCGAUUGCGCCACUGGAGUUUUGCACAUACUAUCAAUUUAAAUGGCUUUUUACUUGAACACUUGUAUUAACUCUUGUGUUUGGUAGCAAAAACAUGUGUAUAAUGAAUUUGGAUUAAAGAUUUUUAUGACACAGUAACAUUUUUACAUGGGUUGUAGCUUAAAGCGUGGCCUUGAGUUAAAUCUGACAGUUUUAAACAUACUUAAGA